CAGUAAAGUAAACCCAAUCAAAAUAAAACAAUUAUCAUUCUUUAUCUACGAUGGAAGACGCUGAACUAGAUGGAUCGGAAUUGGGCACCAAAGAAUAUUGGGAAUCGAGCUAUACACGUGAAAUUGGAAACUACAAAAGCCACGGAGACGUGGGUGAGAUAUGGUUUGACGAGGAUUCACAGCAACGUGUUGUGGACUGGCUGCUAAAGCAAGAGCAAAUUGACAAGCAAACUGCACGUGUCCUGGACCUGGGUUGCGGCAAUGGGAUGUUUCUCGUGGCGCUGGCAAAUGAAGGUUACGCCCAGCUAACUGGUGUGGACUAUUCCCCAAAGGCAAUUGAGUUGGCCAAAAGCAUUGCCAAGGACCAUGAUCUAACCAUCAGCUAUAAUGUGGCGGACUUGACUCUACCCCAGACAAACCUGGGCAGCUACAAAGUUGUGCACGAUAAGGGCACCUAUGAUGCCGUCAGCCUCUGUCCCGACAACGCCAAGGAGAAGCGUUCACUAUAUCUUGCCACGGUGGAGCACUUGCUGCACGACAGCGACAGUCUCUUUAUAAUUACAUCCUGCAAUUGGACAGAGGAUGAGUUGGUUCAGAGCUUUGCUGACAAAUUCAUCAAACACCACACUAUACCAACACCGACAUUCAAAUUUGGUGGCAAGGUAGGCAGUGUGGUAACAUCUGUGGUGUUUAGGAAGCGCUGAAAGGUUAAUACAUUUCUCAAUAAGAUUAUCUUACGAACAGUUUUUUUAUGCACUUUUGAUUAGAUUAAGAUUAAUAGUUUAAAUGCUCGUAAAUUUUGAGUCAUAUCUACAGCUGCAAAAGGCGUAUUUGUAAUAUACAACUUUAUUCCAGGUCCCAAAGUCA